CAACAUUUUAACCUAUAUCACCAGUAUACAGACUCCCAAUGUUUAUUACAUAUAAACAACUAAUGCGGAUAUAUUCUUCUUCGGAACCCUGUAAAUGUGAUAACUGUUUCUAAAUAUUAAUUUAUGUGGAGUUGCCGAGGCCUGAUCACUGACAAUGCCUAGUGGGUUAUAUAAAGUUGAGAAUGGCACUGCCUCUGCUGAGAAACCUGAAGAAUAUUAUAACAACCUAGAAAACGGUAAAGGUACCGAUAACAAUGACACGAACACGGAGAAAACGAUAGAUAACGAUGACGUCGAUGUUUCAGACACGAGUUGUGGUAUUGGUGCUUGUAAACCAACAUCAUUUCAACGUUUUGCGAACUUAAAACUGUUUGUUUUUUUCUAUAGUUUUACUGCUAUGUGUACGCAGACGAACAUGGCUUAUCUUUCGUCACAGAUCAGCGCCAUUGAAAAACAGUUCCAAAUCAGCAGCGUUGUUAGUGGCACUUUAAUAUCUUGUAAUGAAAUUGGACAACUGUGCUUCGUAUUAAUAGUUAGCUAUUUUGGUAACCGUGGACACAUUCCUAGGAUAAUAUCAAGCUUUGCUCUUAUCUACAGUUUUGGAAUGCUUAUUACUGCUGUACCAUAUUACUUCAAUCCGUAUUACCUACCUAAAGACGUGUCAACCACAAAUGUCUCUAAUACAAUGGAUGCGGGGAUUUGUUCAGCGGUUAAUACAACCAGUAAGACCACUGAGCUGAGCGUUGAUAAUGAAGGUGGUUUACAAGGAACCGGUCUAAUUACUGUGUAUAUUAUGGGUGCAUCUAUAGUGGUACAAGGUAUUGGUAAAACUGCUAAACGAUCCCUGUCAGCAACAUAUAUAGAUAACAACGUACCAGACAAAACUAAAACUGGAUUAUAUCUAGGAUUUACCAUAGCAGCAUCUGUUCUAGGACCAGGUGUUGCUAUAUUGGUAGGAUCAGCCAUGAGCAGCAUACCCGUCGAUUUAUCAGAUACAUCUUUAUCGACUACAGACCCUAGAUGGAUUGGGUGUUGGUGGUUAGGCUUUGUGAUAUUUGCUGGUUUAGGUAUAAUCACCAGCUUACCAGUUUUAUUCUUCCCUAAGCGAAUGAAGAAUGUAGCGGCCAUUCCUGAUGACAAAAAAACAGAGACCAAUUCCAAGUCACUUUGCACGACAUUGAAAGGUUUACCAAUGACAUUGAUCAGAAUAUUUAAAAUACCUAUAUUCACAGUAGCUCUACUUGGCAUUUCUGUUAUAAGUUUCUCUAUAACUGGUUUAAUUAUCUUUGGACCAAAAUAUCUUCAAAAUCAGUUUUAUAUACCGGCAUGGAAAGCAAAUCUUAUAAGCGGUGUAUUAGGGUUAUUUGUGAGUGUAUUUGGAACAGUUUUGGGUGGUUGGUUUACGUCAAGAUUUAAGAUGGACACCUAUAAAUGUGCCAAGUUCAAUAACUGUAUUCUCAUACUGGUCUUGGCCUUAACCGGAGCACUAAUCUUUAUAGGUUGUGAUGAUCAGCGGAUAUUUGGUUUAGAUACAGAGAUUGUCACAUUAGAUGAUGGUUUGCGAGCAACUUCACCAGAGUGUUUCUGUGAUGCAAAGGCGUAUUUACCUGUUUGUGGUGAAGAUGAUAGAACCUAUCUUAAUCCUUGUGUUGCCCAAUGUUGGAAUAAAACAGAUACAAGUUAUGGUGGUUGUAUGGAGUUAGAUGGCGGAUCAGUUACGACAGGAAUAUGUGCUACAGGUUGUUCAAAUCUCAUUCCCUACCUAGUUGUAUAUGUAAUACAGAGUUUUUUAGGAACCCAAGCUAUUGUACCCAGCUAUCUUAUUUUAAUCAGGAGUGUUCAAGAUGUUGAUAAAUCUGUUGCCAUUGGUCUGUUAGUCUUUGCUACUUCUAUAUUAGGUUGGUUACCGGCUCCUAUAGUAUACGGUCUAGUCAUUGACGGAACGUGUCGGGUUUGGAACAUGGUGGACGGAAAACAAGGAUCCUGUCAGCUUUAUUAUCUGGAUCAAUUAAGAGCGCGAUUCCUGGGUCUGGAAUCGGGAUUAAAAUUGUUUUCUUUGUUCUUUUAUCUGGUUAUAUUGUUCUUGUCUCGACGACAAGCACUGAAAGAGAACAACGAAAAGACACAGAUUGAAAAAGACGAAAUGGAGAAAGGGGCAGAUAGCGACGAUUUAAAUGAAAUACAAAUGACGGAAAGGGUCGAAAAUGGUGACGUCACUCAUUGAGGCUUACAACCAUUGAACAAGAACAUAUUUUAGCCCACAUUCGCUGAAUGUAUUUUGUAUAUUUGAUUAUAGGAGCAUUUAUAUAACUGUUCUAUAACGGGUUCUGGUGUGGCACAGAGGCAAACCGUCCAAUUACGUUUUAUUUCUGAAUCAAAUGACUACAACGAAAGGCGGUGGUGGAGUGGGGGCAAAAUGUUUAGAUUAUUUGAAUUUAUAUUUUUGUGCUUAAACUACAGCUUCACUUUGAUUCACCGAAUCGAGUAUUGGGCGUGCUUGGUGUGCUGUCCAUCCGCCUGCUGUAUUCGACAUCCCUAUUACGUAUAAAACCAUGUGGAAUUAUAUUGCACAGCAAUUGGACAAAUGCAUAUCUCAUAUAACUCCCCUCAGUUAAUAAUGCAGUAAUUUGGUGCUUUAAAUCUGAUACGAUCAAACACUGAAGUUUGGGUCUCCAGGCAGUUUGUUAUUAUCCUAAUGGUUCCAAAGAUCUUAGCUUAAAAUUAAUGCUUUGAUAACUUGCUACAUAUUGAGGCACGGUUUAGAAUAAAAUAAUUGCAUUUUGAAAUCAAGGGGAGAUAAAUCUUGCAGUGACAUGGUGUUUCUGGGGAUACAUCCCAACAUUCAUCGGAUAUUAGUAUGGACUGAUUGAUCGAGUUUAAAUAAAAUUUUAUUACUUUUGGGGGGUUGGUUGGUGUCAAAAUUUAUUGAAUUUUACUCUCCACCUUUUUUUUUUAACUUUAUGUACAUCCCUCACUGUGAUAUAAUAUACACAGUAGGCCCAUAUUGCUUUGUAAAUAUACUGAAACCUGUUAAAUUAAUAAUUUAAAGGCCAUACCCUUUAAUUAUUACCUUAUACAUACAAUAUGUUUAGGGAUUAACAAUGUUAAUAUCAGUUAUAGACUUAUGGUUAACUAUUUUGAUAAUUAUAUUAAAGUAGUAUCACUAAUGUUUGUACAUAAUCGUGAAAUCCAAGAUGGCCACCAAAAAGCCACUGUACUCUGUAAAACUGCAAUAAAUAUGCACAUAGGCAUGCUAAAACUCUGUUUUUAAUAUAUAGUUCGUUUUUAUAUCAGUAUUAUGCUUGAUGAGAGGAAGAGAAUCGUUGUAAAAUCGUAGCUCCGAUUAAUAACCGAGAAACUAAAUAAAUUACCGGGCACCUUAACAUCCACAGUGUAAAAAUAAUCGUAGUUACACAAUAUUGUUAUAUUUUAAAGUGAAUCCUUUUGGUUCGGUGCGCUCCCUCCGUUAACAUGUAUAUAUUCGUGAUUCCACCCCACUGAUAUUGGUCUACCUAUUGAUGUUAUCCGAGGUUUCGUAUCUUCCUGGAAGCUGUGUGGUCUGGGUUUAUUAUCUUCAUGUAAACUGUAUGGUCGUAUUUUAUCUAAUGGAAUUAUAUUAUUUUCAUACGCUGGAAUCUACAAAAACAAUAUAGCAAUAUAUUAAUCCUCUAGUUAAUGAGCGUCUAGGGGUUAUUUACCAAAUUCGAAUCCCGACGUCUUUUUCAGACAUGUUAUAACGACUAUGACUGUAACAAUAAUAACCUGCCUCCUUUAUACUUAAAGAUGCAUUAUGUAAGAGCUAAAUCUGU